AUGCAUUGUCAAACAACAAUCAAGUGCCUCGUUUUCCUUGUAUUUUUACCUGGAAUAUUUGCCUUUUUUUGGGAAAAGGAAUAUAAACAGAGACCGGAGAGACAAACAUAUACCAUUUUGCAAGAUUUACUGAAAGAAUCAAGGUCCAGGCAUUUGUAUCCAGAACAAGCUCAAUAUAUCACCACAGUCAAAAGAGGGGACAGAUACAGCAUUAACGAUCUCAUCGCUUACCUUAAAGGCAUGGUCGGAAGUGACGAAAUAUACCACACCGGAAAAUCGACAUAUGUUCGUUGGGGAGCAGGGGGCUAGAAGCCAGAGAAAGUAUAUAUCAAUGGCAAAAUAUUUAUCACCUGCAAAUACACGUAAUAGAAAUAUACUAAUUCCGCAUCAGUUAGGUUAUAUGGUCUCCAAUUAUAUCUAGAAAAUAAAUACGACAGAGAAAUGUGCUUUAAAAGUUCAUGAUGGAUUGAAAUGAUAAGCUAUAUUUCAGAAAAUUUAAUUACAGCUAGUGCUUUAGUUCCUAAAAAGUUGAA